CCGAGGAAGAGAGUUCUUUAUCAUUUUUCGCUUUCGUGUAAACAAUCGCUGAACGAGAAAAUGUCUGGACGUGGAAAAGGUGGAAAAAUCAAGGGAAAGGCGAAGUCACGCUCGAACAGAGCUGGUUUGCAAUUCCCUGUUGGUCGUAUUCAUAGACUGCUUCGCAAAGGAAAUUAUGCUGAACGAGUUGGUGCUGGUGCACCAGUUUAUUUGGCGGCUGUCAUGGAAUAUCUAGCUGCUGAAGUAUUGGAAUUGGCUGGUAAUGCAGCCAGAGACAAUAAGAAGACUAGGAUCAUUCCUAGACAUUUGCAACUGGCCAUCAGGAAUGACGAGGAGUUGAACAAAUUACUUUCUGGAGUAACCAUCGCCCAAGGUGGUGUUCUACCAAAUAUUCAAGCUGUUCUGCUGCCCAAGAAAACUGAAAAGAAGGCAUAAACCAUUUUCUUCACCACUUGACUUUUGCACGAAUAACAAAUCGGUCCUUUUGAGGACCAUCAAUUCCUUUUACGAAGAAUAAUCUCAAACUAAACUGAUUUCUGACUGACAAUCAUUGUUCAUAUAAAAAAUAAUUUUUGAACGUCGAUUAGGAAUAGGAUACGCAUAAUAUUAAAAUAGAAUUCGGAAUCUGACGAGUGAGAGAUGCAUUUAUUGUUAGCGUACACUUAAAGAAAAUUGUUGAUAGGAGAUUGACCUUCGAUGCAAACUAGAAUAGAUGCGUACAUACGUAAAAUGUGUCUACAUUUCUGAUAAUUUUAAACAGUAAUAAUUUGAACAAUGGAACAAGAGACAUACUCUUCAUUAAAAAG